AUGGCGGCACAGCAAGAGUCGCGAAUUCGGGACGAAGCAUUCCCCGUGGCGGUGCUAGACGACCGACGCUUCCGCAACCUGCUGCCCGACGCGGACGAGGCGGAAGGGCGGGCAGAUGGGGGAGAGCGGCGAGGAAGAGGAGAAGGGGGCGGGACAGGUGGAACUCUCGGGUCCGGGGAAGAGACCGGCGUAGAAGGCGGGGAAUUAGGCAGUGAAAUAGGCGCACGCGACGCGACACGUGUCGAGAGGCGAUUGGCGCUUCCUUUGGAGGAGGCGUUUCUUGGGGCCGGCCUUGCGCUCAAAGAUGAGGUGGUCCAUGCCACGUGGCAGCACCGCAGGCCUCCACGUGGCAGCAAGACAGACCCCUUCCUGUACACGGGCCUGCUGGGAACCGCCUUCGUGUGCCUGCGUGCCUUCCACGUCACUCGCAGCAGUGCUGACCUGGACCUCGCUGCUGACAUCACUCGAGCUGCAGCUGAGCUGGCAGAGCGUCAGCACCGCGUCUAUUAUUCUUUCUUUUGCGGGCAGCCCGGAAUAUUUGCCCUGGGGGCGGUCGUAGCCCACCUGCAGCGCCGCCAGCACGACAGUGAGAAGUUUCUGCGAAGGUUCCUCGACCUCGUCACUGAGGCACUUCCUGCGCUCUCCCAGCGCCCCUCCUCGACCAAUGACAUCGCACCAGCUGGCAUUCCCUACGAGCUGCUGUAUGGGCGGGCGGGCUUGCUAUGGGCGGCACUGUUUAUUCGGCAGCAUCUGGGGCGGGCUGCUGUUCCUGAUUCUGUUUGCCGCCCAAUCAUCGAAGCAAUCAUUGCUGGCGGGCAGUUCUUUGCACACUCGUGGUAUCCACCCUCCCAGGCCGUACCUCCCUCCUCCCAUACCCAGUCCCACACUCACACUCACACUCACGAUCAUUCUCAUACUCACCCUCACACUCACACUCACUCUCACUCUCACUCCGUAUCCUCACCGCAUUCUUUCCCCCACAAACAACGCAAGGACAGCACGAGUGGCACACCGGCAGCCUCCUCCUCCCCUCCUCCACCCUCCCCCCCUCCCCCAUCCUCCUCCUCCUCCCCACCACCACCACCCUCCGCCCCUCUCGCCCCCCCUCUCAUGUUCGCAUGGCACGGGAAGCGCUACUGGGGAGCAGCACAUGGGCUGGCGGGAAUCGCCCACACGCUGCUGCUGGGGGCGGGGCACAUGGGGCAGGUGGGGCAGGUGGGACGAGUGGGCGAGGUAGCAGCAGCAGAAGCGGAGGAGGGGGCAGGGGAAGAGGGCAGGGAGGCAGCGGAAGAAGGGGGAGGGGAGGCAGUGGCAGUGUUGGAGUGGAUGGUGGGUGGCAGGCUGCCGAGCGGUAACUACCCCUCCAGUGACGAGAAACGCCUCGCUGCUGCUGGGGUAGGUGCAGGCAGGGCGGCAGCAGGUGGGGCGGACAGGCUGGUGCAGUGGUGUCACGGGGCUCCUGGUGUGGCCAUGGCGCUCGCCCACGCUGCUACGUCACACCCGAGCAGGCAGCACCUGCUGGCAGCAGCGGUGGCGGCGGGCGAGGUGGCAUGGCAGCGGGGCCUGCUGCGCAAGAUGGGUCUGUGCCACGGCAUUGCUGGUAACGCCUAUGCCUUCCUCUCCCUCCACCGUGCUGCCUCCGCUCUCCACGCCACCAGCCUGCAGGAAACCACCACUUCUGCCCUGCCCCCUCCCAGCACCCACCUGCACAGAGCACACGCCUUUGCUGCCUUCCUCCUGGCCCACCGCCAGCGCCUCGCACAUGCCGCCCUGCUGCACUGCGGUGACCGCCCCUUCUCGCUCAUGGAGGGCCUGGGCGGCGUUGCUUGUCUCUUCCUGCACCUGGUUCGGCCUGAAGACGCACGAUUCCCAGGGUUUGAGCUGUGA